AUGCAGCGCCCCGAGCACGAGCUGAUCCGGCAGAGCUGGCGCGUGGUGAGCCGCAGCCCGCUGGAGCACGGUACCGUCCUGUUCGCCAGGCUGUUUGACCUGGAGCCAGACCUGCUGCCCCUCUUCCAAUACAACUGCCGCCAGUUCUCCAGCGUGAAUGACUGCCUCUCCUCCCCAGAGUUCCUGGACCACAUCCGGAAGGUGAUGGUCGUGAUUGAUGCUGCAGUGACCAAUGUGGAGGAUCUGUCCUCACUGGAGGAGUACCUUGCCGGCCUGGGCAAGAAGCACCGGUUGGUGGGUGUGAAGCUCAGCUCAUUCUCGACGGUGGGUGAGUCCCUGCUCUACAUGCUGGAGAAGUGCCUGGGUCCCGCCUUCACGCCAGCCACGAAGGCCGCCUGGAGUCAGCUCUACGGGGCUGUGGUGCAGGCCAUGAGUCGAGGCUGGGACGGCGAGUAA